AUGAUUCAUUUCGGUCGAUCUGACUUUGAUAAUAUUGACAACGAAGCAUUAGACUUUGAACAAUUAGAAGCCUUCAUACAGAAUAAUAGUGUUGUACAACCAUCUUCAUCAACAACUCAGCCAACGUCUGGUGAUGCGACAAACCAAAUCACACACACGCCCAACCUUCCUGAGAGUCCACCAGAUUCCGGAUCUGAACCACCUUAUAGCCCUAAUAUCAAAGCCAACCAGAAUCUUCCAAUGGAACAACAUAUGACACAAGGAAAUAUGAACAUGAACACUUUAACUGAGCUUCACGUCCCGCAUCAUCACAAUUUAUUGACACCAUCAACAGAAAUUUUUCUCGCUAACGAACAUCAGCAACAACUUUUACAAAUAAAUAAUUUAUUGCAUGGCAACAAGCACGAUGGAACAAUUUUACCAUCACAUCACCAUCAACAAGCACCACCUCAGGAUCAUAUGCUUUUAUAUCAAGUUAAUCAGAGUGGGCAAAUCAUAGAAUUGAAUCACAUCCAUCAUCAGAAUCAAUCAAUUGGGAAUCGCAUGUAUAAAGAAGGAAUAAUUGAGAUGGAGAAUUCUACUGGUUCACUUCCAGCAAUUCACGAUAUGCAUCAAGGUUUGCAAGGAAACAUAAAUGAAAGUCUUCAAAUGAUUGAAGAUAACUUUACCACUCAGUUGAAUAAUCAAGAAAUUACAAGCGGAACAACAAGUAAUAUAAAAAAGAGAAAGGGAUUGUUACAAUCUUUCGUUUCAGAAAGAGAAGGCAGUCUCAAAGCUUAUUUAAAGCCAGAAUCAAAAUCGGCAAAACAUUAUGGUGGAGUUAAAAGCAAGAAAAAGCAUCAUCAUGUGCAGCCUACUAAUGAAAUAAGCGAAACUGUUACAACUGGAAGGAAAAGUAAUAAUAAUAAUGAUAAGAAAAGUCAAUUGAGUUCUAAAGCUAAUGAAGUUUUUGAAGAGAACAAUGAAAAUAAAAAUAACAACUAUAUUGACAAUAUGACUUCAAAAGGAAAUGAUAGUGGCUCUGAUGGAUCUCAAACUCAAUGUAUAAGAUUUAAUGUCUUUCAACAACAACAAUGGCAUUCUCUGUUAGAUCACAAUCAUCAAGAGUUACCGAUCCCGCACUUCCGUGUUGAUGCUGAUAAAGGCUUUAACUUUUCUAAUUCGGACGAUGCCUUUGUUUGUCAAAAGAAAAAUCAUUUUCAAAUUACAUGUCAUGUUCAACUUCAUGGUAAUGGCAUUUAUGUAAAAACACAGACCGGGCUCGAGAAAGUUAGAACAUUUCAUUUGCAUUUUUAUGGUGUGAAGCUAGAAACACCAGCGCAAACAAUUCGCAUUGAACAGUCACAAUCGGAUCGAUCAAAGAAACCUUUUUAUCCAGUACUUGUUGAUUUACAAAAUGGUCAAGUUGGAAAGAUUACUGUAGGUCGACUUCACUUCUCGGAAACAACGUGCAAUAAUAUGAGGAAAAAAGGUCGACCAAAUCCUGAACAAAGAUAUUUCCAACUAGUGGUUGGCCUCAACGCUCACACCUACACGGGAUAUUAUCCAAUAAUAUCACAUGCUAGUGAAAGAAUAAUAGUUCGAGCUUCUAACCCAGGACAAUUCGAAGGUGAUGUUGAUUUGUGUUGUUGGCAACGUGGAAUUACGCAAAAUUCGAUAUUCUAUCAAGGAAAGAUUGGAAUUAACACUGAUAUGCCAGACGAGUAUCUUGUCGUAAAUGGAAAUGUUAAAGUUUCAGGUCAUAUCAUUCAACCAAGUGAUGAGCGUGUCAAGAACAAUAUUUGUGAAUUAAACUGCAAAGAUCAGUUGGAGAACAUCAAUCAAAUAAGAAUUGUGAAGUAUCAAUACGAUCAAAGCUUUGCUGGUAAUAAUGAGUUGGACAGUAAAACUUAUCAUACCGGAAUAAUUGCACAAGAGUUAAAAAAUAUUUUGCCCGAUGCUGUUCAUAAUGGUGGCAAUGUUCGGCUUGCUAAUGGAACAAAUAUCGAUAACUUUCUGCAAGUCAACAAGGACAGAAUAUUUAUGGAGAACAUUGGCGCUGUAAAGCAAUUGGUUAAAAUCACCGACAACCUAGAAAAGCGUAUUGAAAAUCUGGAAAAUCAUCAUACCGUUGGCUUUUUUGAUAAGAUAAAAAUUUUACAGCUCGUCAUCAUUUUGAUGGUCUUUUUCACCGCUUUGUGCUCAAGUUUGACAAUUUCACGAUAAGAAUGAAAAAAAAAAUAUUGAGCUUUAUUUGCUUAUGAAGCAAAAAUAUAGGUUUAUGCCUUUCUAUUAUCUCUGUAGAAUGGAUGAUAAGAGUUUGUUUUGAGCUCUUAUAGUGAACCGUAACAAACUCAAUAUUUUGAGCCACAAAGUUUCUUCUUCUCACAUUUCUGGAAAAAUCUCAGUGAGAAAGCUCAUACAAAAUAAAGAUUUCAAAUCACUAAUACAAAUGCAAUGCGCAGAAUUCAACUAGAUAUUUGGAUCAAAUGAUUUGACGAUUGUUGUGUUAUUAGAGUAAACUAAUGUUAAGUUAAUAUACGGACGACCUUCAACCAUUAACUUUGUUCUAUGACUAUUAAAAUGUCUAAGACUUAAUUUUUUCGGAAUCGGAAAAAUUUACAAAGAAAAGUUUUGCGUGUAUUUUGCGUCAUUGUUAUGCGCAUUCGCUUUUUAUUAUCAGAAUUGUUUCCUCGUAUUGGAUGACGAUGAUAGCUUUGACAAUAUAUGAAUUUUACUCUCAAUUCUUCACAUUAGUAAAUAAAAUGACCUUUAACACCUUUAAGAUGUUACUUUAGUACGAUAAAUACUGGAAAAUAUCCGUUUAAUCAGAAAAGAAGGUAUAAAACAACGAAAAUCGAAGUAAAAAUCUGUCACAAAGAGAUUUCACGAAUAUAUGCAAUUUUCACACUUACCGAUUAUUCAACAUUUUUAAUGGCAUUAUUUUUAUAUCUCUCAAUGGUUGCAGUUUGAAUAAAACACUCAACUAAA